AUGGCUGCAGCUUGUGACAAUCAGGCAGAGAUGGGUGAUCAGAGGGCACAGCAGAGCUUCAUGAUGCCAGCAGCCUCUCCUGUGCUGCAGUUGGGAAAUGGUGUGGUGGUGCCCGGGCCAGGAGCAGGCAUUCGAUAUCGCGCUGGUGUCAAUGGUGAUGGCAUCAAGUGGGGCAAUGAAAGAGGAUGUGACCUGCUUCAUCUCUGUGGCUGCUACUUCCCAUCUCUGCAGAACCAGCCUCAGAGACCCCGGGACCACACACCCCUCCCUGGCCCAGAGGCCGCUGGUCACAUUGGCCAAGGAGAGCGUCCGAUCAAAGCCAAGAAGCUGAGCCAGUGUGUGUGCCCUCAGUGUGGCCGGGACUGUGCCAAGCCCAGUGUGCUGCAGAAACACGUGCGGUCGCACACUGGGGAAAGGCCAUUCCCCUGCAGCACCUGCGGAGUUUCAUUCAAAACCCAGAGCAAUUUAUACAAACACAAACGCACGCGGACCCACGUCAACAACAGCAGGGGCGGGGCAGAGACUGUGGGCCAGGGUGGGUAUCUGCUGGGCAUUGGGGGUCCCUCAAGGGUUCAGGCCUUGCCAGUGGCCAGUGGCAGCAUUCCCAAUGUUGGUCCAUUGCCUGCCCCUCAGCCUGCUCAAUGUGCCAGUGUCUGUGCCUCCCAAUGUGCCAGUGUUGGGGAAGCUGCCGAGAAGCUGUCCUUUAGUUCUGAGAGUCUGGAAAGCCGCCAAUCCAGGAGCAGGAAUUUGGUUCUCCAAAGGCAACAGGCGACUUGCUUCCCUGAGCAGCGGCUUGGGGAAUGGUCAAGCUCGAGCUCCAGCCUGCAGACCACUGGCAGCACUGACUCUGGCUAUUCUGACAGCACAGAGCAGCUGACAUGGGCCUCCAGCCCCACGCAGAGCCUCCAGGAGUCCAGCGCAGAGUCAGCGGGCGCCCUUAGGUGCUUCUCGGGAAAUGCUGAGCAGAGCCCGGCCCGUGAGCUCCCCAUCUCAGGGGUGGACAAGAGGCGGCUUGAGGAACGUAUCAGUAAGCUCAUCUCUGACAACGAAGCUGUGGUGGAUGAUAAACACCUGGAAAUUGUCAGACCCCGGAAGAGCAUCCUUUCCAAGCAGGGCAGCAUUGAUCUGCCAAUGCCGUACACCUUUAAGGAUUCCUUUCAUUUUGACAUGAAAUCCUCGCACGUCAACAGAAAAAUGGAUCCUUCACCCAAAUCUAACCUGGAGUCCAUCCGCAGAGCAAAGCAAAGCUUGUUCAGCUCAUUACCAUCACAUUCCUGUGCCACUGUGGGCUUCUCACAGGUUACGAGGAGCAACUCACUGCCCCCCGGGGCAGGGCAGCCAUCACCCCCCGGGCAAACACAGCUCACACCCCACUGUCACCCUCUGCAGAGAGGCACAGCCACUGUUCUGUGCAGAGACCCUAGCUCCCCAGGCGUCCACCCCAGCCUCUCACGCACUCUGGUCAGACAGACGGCUCUGGACUCGCUACCCCCUGCCCAGGGUGAGUGCCCAGCCCCAGCUCCGGCCCCAGGCACCCGCAAAGCCGCUCACACCAAACACGGAUCGUCUGAAAAGAGAAAGUUACAGAAAUUCUCCCCGGAGAAAUGGUCAGUGUAUGGCGAGGGGACAUUUAGGAAGAUGUACCAGGCCAGGAGCCGGGGUUCAAUCCCAUUCACAGCUCCAGCCCCAACCCCAACCACAAUCACAGCUCCUUCCCUAGCCCGAGCCCCAAAUCCAGCCCCAACCUCAACCCCAGCCUCAAUCCCAGCCCCAUACCCAACCCCAGCCCAAUCACCAGGUCCAGCCCCAACACCAAUCUCAAUCCCAGCCCCGGUACUGCUCCCCACACCCCACCCACACCUGAUGCGGCAGAUGAGUAUCCUGGUGCCGGAGCGGGGUCCCGGCUGCUGUGGGGUGUCUGUUCCCCAGGAGCGUGGAGCCGUGGGAGUGUCUGAAACACAGAGAUAUAGUGGCACAGGCUCCGGAUUGCCAUGGACAAAGAGACCAAGACUGAGACCUACUGAUGUCAGAGACUCAACCUCCUCCCAGACAGCCAGCGACUACCUGUCUCCCUCUGCAAACCCCAGCCAAGCACCUGGGUCACAUUCACCAUCACAGCUGCCCUCAGACCCACUCUCAGGGAAAGGGGCAACGUUACCUGGGAAAGCUUCUCAAGGGCAGAAAGACUUUCUUCCCAAAUAUCAGCUCACAUUCCUGAAUGAGGAGGUCAGUGUUCCACUCAGUGCCCGCUCCUCUCUCCCCUCAGCCCAGCCUGUCUCUGAGCAGCGGUCGAGCAGGGAAAGCCGGGAGCCAGCAUUGCCAACAGCCUGGGCUUGCUGCUGCGCUGUGUGUGGCACAGUCACGACGGUGGUCUCUGGUGGGCAUUGCCCUGUGGUGAGGCAGAAAGAGAGUGCCCACCCACCCAGAGGCUGCUCAUCGCCCAUCGCUGUCACUCACCACUACACGUCAGCAAGUGUCCAAGCUCCUGCUGCUCUGGCUCACUUAAUCACCCAGGGAUUCUCAGCUGAGCCAUGGGGCAGUGUGGAGGAUAUCCAUGCCCGCCUUGUCCCCCAGCAAGCCAGUAUUCCCAGGGAAGACAAGGAGACUGGCAGAACAGAUCCAGAGCUGAGCACAGAGGCCUAUCUACAAGCCACGUGUUCUGAUGGUCCCCACGGCGGUCACACAGCCACCACAAUGCCCCCUGCUUCAUCCUGCACCAAGCCAGCUGUGAGCCAUUGCCUUCCCGAGGAGCUGGCUUCAGCCCCAGCAACCCACCUGCUCCCCUUCCCCACAUUGCAGAGCGAGCCAGAGCCCACCUGGUGCUUCCUGAGAAAGGCCAUCCCCUUGGCCGGGGGACAUGGCCUGACUUCUGCCUACGCCACCUGGCCCACCUGCACCGGGAACCCAGCAGCAUCUCACCUGGCCGCGAGGGACACCUUGUCUCUGCAUCGCCUAAAGCAGAGAGAACAGCCUACUUCCUCAGUUGAAAAGCCGCCGCUCGUACCCCAUAGCCAAUGUUUACAGUGGGAGGAUCCAGCCACGCUCCUGAGAAAAAAUGAGAUGAAACAUCGACGCAGCAACCGCAAGAGAACAGUCACCUGGAACAGAAGGAGGUUGAAACAUUGCAACUGUCUCGGCAGCCACAGAGAGGAUGAGGUGCCUGUGCGGGGCGGUGGCCGAGGGAAGCAGCAGAGCCAGCAGUGUAGCAUUGGCUGUGAGAAGCCCAGCGCCCUAAGGACCCACCGACACAGCCACACCAGUGCCCGGCCAUAUCGCUGUUCGCUCUGCACCAGCUCCUUCAAAACUAAAGGAAACCUAACGAAACACAUGAAGUCAAAGGUUCACAGAAAACUGCGCCUGAGACUGCGAGACGCACCAGCCAAUCAGGAGCAGACGCACAGGCUAGGAGUAGAUGUUAAUGAGGCUGUAGCUGACAAUCAAAGGGAGCGAGUCGCAGACCGAGGGUCACAUGUUACCCAGCGAAAGGCAGCACAGUCUCUCCCUCUCACCGACUCCACAAACCCAUUUCCUGGGUCAACCAUAGAUGCUGCCUUCACUGUUGAUGAACCAGGAAUCACUCUGGUCCCAUUGUCCUCCGUCUUCGGUGGGGUCUCUGUGCUCACAGCUCCCAGGUGGCUCCUUCCCUCUUGA